AUGGAAUCCCCUGCCCGUAUUCCUUUCAUUCAGUAUUUCGUUGGCGUCGGGAUCCCCUAUGCUCUAUUCAGCGUACUCGAAGGACACAGGAAGAACCAGACCCGCAUCCUUUCCUACCCUGUCAUCUGGCUUCUGUUAACGCAAUUUGUAUCGUAUGGAGCAACUUACCCAGUUUACUGCCUUUUAUUUGUCAUGACAGGAGGCGUAACGAAAACCCACAAGCACGACGCCAGUUCGUCCAGUCGAGCCCAAGCCGAGUCUUUUGGCUUUGGCAUAUUCAUGGGAGGCGUCAUUCCUUCCUGCGCUAUGUUCAUUGUCGACGAACCAUUCAUGACUUACAUUUGGCAAUGUUAUCCGGCGUUCAUCGCCCUCGCACAGGCUGCCUAUUUACGCUUCAGAGAGUCGGCCAACUCCCGGUCAGGUUAUUCGACGAUACGUGCACUACACAUCCUCGUAUUCCUGACAGCAGCGUCCUCCCACAUCCUCAUCCUUUGCCCGUAUAAAGGCCAUACCAAAGACCUCAUCAAGUACUUUGUGCCGUCCACGACUCCCCCAAGCAGUUCGACGAGUAUCGAUUUUGCGGUGCUUCAUUUCUUGAAGUGGGGUUUUGUGCUAGGCUACACGGCUUUCGCUUUGGCGAUGUUCUGGUACGUAGAAACCGUCCAAGAGUUCAUUGCCGUUGUGGCUAGUUGCAAUACCCUUACUUGGGAUAGGUGCGGCAGUGUUGGGUGUCUCUAUGUGGCGAGACGGUGUUUUGUGGGAUACGCGCCGCGGUCUUCUCCAGUAGAAUGUAGCAGAUUCCUGGAUUACAUUUCUACUUUUACUCCGCAGUGUGCGCCAUUACCAGAGCUCUUGAUGCAGAUGCUCAUUCUCUAUGUCUAG